AAAAAAAAAAAGAUUCUCAGGCGAAGGCAGGCAAGCAAUGGAGGUCUAAAGCUGACUCAAUCUCUCCCUCCCUCCCCGAUAGAGAAAUUUCAACCAUUCACUUCAAUUCUUCAAACGCCGUCGUUUCUGCACUCCUCUGAUUUCCUCUCUGUCGUCUUCUCCGCCCGCUUCCAUCGGCGGCGUUCGCUCAGUCCGAUUGGAAGCUUUGUGGAUUGACAGAGUUGUAUCAAAGGGCUGCAGCAACAUCAAUUUAAGUUAUCUCAGAUCAAAAUUUGUUACUUUUCUCCAUCUCUUUGUGGUGUCUGCCAAACUGGGUUUCUGCUUACGCCUUCGACUCGAUCGAUAUAUCACAUUGGUGUUGAAUCUAUGAGUAGUUGCGAAUCAGAAUUGACAUGUAGUGGGCCAAACACUGCAGCCUUGUUCUAGAGUUCUAUGCUUUCUUUGUCCUUUAUUGUGUUACUGGACUUAGAUGGACGUUCCCUCAGUGGAACUGAAUUGUGAAAGUGAAGGAGACUCUUACCCUUUAUUGAUGGCACAACCAGAAAAUUCUAACAGCAGUGAGCAUAUCAUUGACGUAACUGGCACUGGUGAUUCUACCCCCUCUAGUUUACCUCAUGGUAGGAAUUCAAAUGGCUUAAAUUUAUCACAACCUGAAGAUAGGCCUUCAAGUAGUACACAAGUUCCCUUGUCUCAACCUUCAAUUUCUUCUACUGGAUCAAAUUCUAGGAAUUCUUCAUUCAUAAGAAGAGGAGAUGCGCGACGGCGUAGAAGUCCAUUAAAUUCUGGCUUAUGGAUAUCUAUUGAAUUACUACUCACUAUGAGCCAGAUUAUUGCAGCUAUUAUUGUCUUAUCAUUGUCAAAGAACGAAAAACCUCGUGCACCUUUGUUUGCGUGGAUUGUGGGAUAUGCAUCUGGGUGUGGUGCCACCCUUCCUCUCCUCUAUUGGCGUUAUCGACACCACAAUCAAGCUUCAGAACAAAGUUCUCUUCAGUCCAGCCAGAAUUCUUCUCGCAUUAAUGCUCCUGCUGGGCCAUUCUCUCUUUCUGUUUCUAGGGCGUCAGAAGGGGAAGAACUUCAGCAUCCUGCCCCAUCCCCUAGAGGCAGUCAAGGGUCAGGAGUAGUAACAGGAAGAUUUAAAGUGUUGGUCGAAUAUUUGAAGAUGGGCCUGGAUUGCUUCUUUGCUGUUUGGUUUGUAGUUGGUAACGUUUGGAUCUUUGGAGGGCAUUCAUCAGCCUCCGAGGCUCCUAACUUGUACAGGCUAUGUAUAGUGUUUCUUACCUUUAGCUGUAUUGGUUACGCCAUGCCUUUCAUUCUAUGUGUAACCAUCUGCUGUUGCCUACCAUGUAUAAUUUCCAUCCUUGGGUUUAGAGAGGAGUUGACACAGACCCGAGGAGCCACAGCAGAAUCUAUUAAUGCUUUACCAGCUUAUAAAUUUAAGCUGAAGAAAAGUAGAAGCGGAGAUGAUAGAGAAAACAACUCCGGGGCUGGUGAAGGAGGAGGGGUUGUGGCUGCUGGAACUGAAAAGGAGCGAGUGAUCUCUGGAGAAGAUGCUGUCUGUUGCAUUUGCUUAGCAAAAUACGCCAACAAUGAUGAACUGAGAGAGUUGCCAUGUUCUCACUUUUUUCACAAGGACUGUGUAGAUAAAUGGUUGAAAAUCAACGCACUGUGCCCACUGUGCAAAACCGAGGUCGGUGAGAGUAUCAUCAGCUCUCUUGAUGGGGCUAAUAGACAACAGGGUGAUUCUUGAGGAAAGCGGCUUUGACUACACCACACCGUGUUCUAAGUUCUCUGGAUGGCUUCUGCUGCAAGUGUAGUAAGUAUAAGCUCAUCCUUCCUUAAGCCGUUCAACCUUAUUUUUCGGUUCUUAUGCGGCAUUCAUUAGAGCCUUCGACAACAUCUUGUAGCAAAUCCAUCCAUUGUCAAUAUCGGCAGAUGGUGCAUGCUCGACGUUUUGAACGAGUGGAGAUCGUUGUGACUGCUCGUGUAUAUACAAGGUAUAUACUUGUAUAAUCACACUUUCUCUUGUAUUGCCCUCAGUUUUGUGGUAUAAUAGCUAUGAUAAUGAAUAAUUAGUCCGAGUAUAAUAUGAAUGUUUGCAAGUCAUCCAUU